AUGCGGUGGCUUGCUGUUUAUGUUUUUCUUUUGGAUGUUUCCAGUCUUCUCUUUUUCAAAAUUGCUUGCUCAGCAUCUGACUUCAGCUUGCAGGGUGAUUAUCUGUUGGGUGGAUUAUUUUCGUUAAAUAUUCUUCGACCAAAACGCCAGGUCUACCCAGUGGCCCUUGCAUGCCAGAGGUAUGCAUUUGAUAAGUCAUCGUAUCACAUGCUCCAGGUGAUGAGGUUUGCGGUUGCGGAGAUCAACAACUCCUCAACCCUCCUGCCCAGUGUGUCGCUUGGCUAUGAGAUCUUUGACCACUGCUCAAAUACACAAAAUUUCCCCUCAGUCUUUACUUUUAUCUCUGAAAAUGGAUCAGUUCCAGUGUAUAGACGUCUCAACAACCAUCAGCCAAAAAUAAUUGCUGUCAUUGGUCCAUAUGAAAGUACUAGAACUAUUACUGUUGCACCAUUCUUCAUGUUGGACCUCAUUCCAAUGGUGAAUUAUGGAUCAUCAAGUUAUGAACUAAGUAAUAAAAAACUGUACCCUUCUUUUUUAAGAACAGUGCCUAGCAACAAAGACCUGAUAUGGAUAAUUAUUCUCAUUAUUAAAAGGUUUGGAUGGAACUGGGUUGCCUUUAUUGGCAGCAAAGAUGACUACAGCCAAGAUGGCUUAAAUUUGUUUUACCAAUAUAGUACACAAUAUAACAUCUGCCUAGCCUAUCAAGAAUUACUCUCUGAAAACUCUGAUUACCGUCUAACACUUCAGAAAAUUGAAAAACUCAACAUAAAAGUAAUUAUAGUUUUCUCUAUGCAAAGAAUAGCAGAAAAUGUUAUCAAAUCAGCUAUAAAGAACAACAUCAGAAAUAAAGUUUGGAUUGCUGGUGAGGGUUGGUCUAUGAACAAACAACUUCAAAAUGAACCAGGAAUUCAGAACAUUGGCAACAUUUUUGGCAUUACAGAGAAAGUGAUGGAUCUACCUGGAUUUGACAAGUUCAUCUACAGAACCUACAGACAAAAUGAGUCUGUGGGAAGUGAAGGGCAAAAUACGUGCAAUCAAGUCUGUGAAAAGUGCACAAACUUAAGCUCAGUGGAAAUCAUAAAUGAAAAUCCCACUUUCUCUUUUCCUGUUUAUGCUGCAGUCUACACAACAGCACAUGCUUUACACAAAGUUUUACACUGUGGUACAAAUGGCUGCAACAGGAGCAUACCUGUUCACUCCUUCAUGCUUCUGAAGGAAAUGAAGACUCUGGAUUUUUCUCUCAAUGGCCAGCAAGUAAAAUAUGAUAUAAAUGGGGAUCCCUGUGUCAGUUAUGGAGUGGUCCUCUGGCGCACUGAGGCUAAUCCCCCAUUCAUUGAAAUGAUUGGUGUAUACAACACAUAUCCAAAAAUUACUUUCACCAUCAACACGACCCUCAUCAAAUGGGUUAAUGAUAUCUCUGCACCUUUUGGAAAAUGUUCUGCCGAGUGUACGGAGGGAUAUCAUAGGGAAAAGGAUCACACUCAGGCAUGCUGUUUUCAGUGUAAGAUCUGCCCAAGUGACACCUACAUAAACGUUACUCGAGACCCCUACACAUGUGUCCCAUGUAAUGCAGAGGAGUGGUCACAAGAGGGAAGCAUUAUCUGUAAGAAGCGCUCCAUCAUGCAUCUUUCUUUCGCAGACCCUCUGUCAAUACUGGUCAUGCUCUCUGCUGCCUCCCUGGUUGUUUCUUGUAUUGCAGUUACCAUCCUUUUCUCAUACAAUUACAACACGCCAGUAGUGAAGUCUGCAGGUGGCAAUAUGUGUUUCCUGAUGUUAGCCUCGUUGUCUUUGGCCAGUAUAAGCGUUUUCUUUUUCUUUGGACAUCCAACAGUGGUACACUGUGUCUUUAGAAAUGCCAUGUUUUAUUUUUUCCACUUAGUCUGUUUCUCCUGCAUGGGUGUGCGGUCCUUUCAAAUUGUCUGUGUAUUCAAAAUGGCCGCCAAGUUUCCCAAGGUUUACAGAUGGUGGGUAAAGUACAAUGGCCAGUGGCUUGUUAUAGUUAUCAUUUGCAUUGCUCAAUUCAUUUUUUGCAUUUUAUGGGUAACUAUCCAAACUCCUGUUCCAUUCAGGGAUGAAUUAUCUUGUAAAGAUGAAAUUAUUCUGGGCUGUUCAUCAGGGGCCAAAGUUCCAUUCUACAUGAUGGUGUUCUUAAUUUGGUUCCUCAGUGUUCUCUGUUUCACCUUCUCCUACAUGGGCACUGAUCUACCAAAAAACUACAAUGAGGCUAAAUCCAUAACUUACAGUAUGCUUUUAUUCUAUAUCAGCUGGUCCUUUUACUUCACUGCAGAAAUCACAUAUAAGAGUGUUUAUGUCCAGCUUUUCCAUGCUAUAGCCCAGCUAUCUAGCUUAUUUGGUAUCCUACUGAGCUACUUUGUGCCAAAGUGCUAUGUCAUUAUUUUCCAGCCAAAAAAGAACACACAAGCAUACUUUCAGACAUCUAUCCAGAAUUACACCCAGACCAUCAGUAGGAUGUGA